UCCAAACCGCUGAGUCGGUACCAUGUCCGCCAUAAAGCUUGUCUUAGUCUUCUUAUUGUGGGGGACAAUCAGCAGAGCUGACGACUGCAACCUAUCCCAAGCGGAAAUCGAAGAAAUCCAGUCCUACCAAGAUGUAGUCAACCAAAUUAUCGAGGCCACUACCAAUGGCCAGUUUAAGGGCGAAACGUUCGAAGAGCUGGCCGUCUUCGUGGACAAAUUCGGGGCGAGGUUGUCCGGGACGCAAGCCUUGGAAGAUUCCAUUGAUUACUUGUUGGAAAGGAUGAAUAGUACCUUUGAUAUUGAGAACGUCCACGGGGAAGACGUCCAGGUGCCCCACUGGGAAAGAAUAUCAGAGUGGGCCGAGAUGGUAGAACCCAUAUCCGCCAAGAUCCCACUCCUGGCCCUGGGCGGCUCCGUGUCCACCCCCGAAGAUGGCAUAGAAGCUGAAGUGGUCGUCGUCAGUUCUGCCGAAGACAUCCACAACAACUACCACGACGCCGUGGACGGCAAGAUCGUAGUCAUCAACUACGACUACCACUCCUACGGCGUUUCGGUGAGCCACCGCUACGACGCCCCGGUGGCGGCGGCCAAUCACGGCGCCGUCGCCGUCCUGAUAAGGUCCGUUACCGAUUUCUCCAUGGAUUCCCCUCAUACCGGCCAGACCACCUACGAGGAUGGGGUCACGAAAAUACCCGCGGCUGCUAUAACCGUCGAGCACGCUAACAUGCUACAGAGGAGACAGGAAAGAGGUGAAAACGUCACGAUACGAAUAAAUAUACAAACUCAAACUCUAGCAGACGCUACAUCAAGAAACACGGUUGGAGAAAUUGUGGGAUCUGAGAAACCCAACAAGGUGGUGAUCGUAUCGGGACAUUUGGACAGCUGGGACGUUGGAGUUGGUGCUUUAGAUGAUGGAGGUGGUGCGUUUAUUUCUUGGUACGCACUGGCUGUCUUGAAAUCUUUGGGACUGAGAGCCAGAAGGACGGUUAGAUCUGUUCUAUGGACAGCGGAGGAAAACGGAAUGGCAGGUGUCAAAGCGUACGAUGAGCUGCACAAAGACGAUUUAGGUGAUUUCAUUUUCGUAAUGGAAUCAGACGAUGGUACCUUUACUCCUCUAGGUCUUAGAUUCAUAGCUAACACUAAAGGAACCUGCAUUUUAACGGAAAUAUUGAAGCUUCUGGAACCCAUUAACGCCACCCAAGCGGUAAGAUCUACAAGCGGUGUUGGUUCCGACAUAACGAUAUGGAAGGACGUCCUACCGACAGGGAGUUUGUACAACCAGAACGACAACUACUUCUGGUACCACCACACCAAGGCAGAUACCAUGGAAGCCUUAGAUCCAGACGCGCUAGACAGGGCGACCGCAUUAUGGGCGUCAGUGGCGUACAUAGUAGCCGACUUGAAUGAAGACUUUCCCAGAGCCUUAACCGACAGCGGAUUCUACGCAAGCGCCAACGUUUUUUAUGUCGUAUUUUUAAGUUUGUUUGGCGUUUGGUUCUAUUAAUAUAGGUAUAUUAUUGUACAUAGAAGACAAAGUUAAAUAAAAUAUGUUUACAAUUUUUUAUUUCA